UCGCAUGCGAUACUUCAAACAGACUGCAUUUGCGAAAACGAGUUGAAUUUUUUUGUGUUUCAAUUCCUUGCACCGAAUUAUUAGCAAAUAAAUUCAAUUAAAAAGAAGAAAAUAUACCGAAUUUUCAAUAUAAGUGGUCUGACAUAUCAUCAUUAGUCCGAAAAAAGACUUUCAUGUGAAAAAGUUAGUUUAUUUCAAUUAAUUAUUAAUCUAAAUGGCUUCACAAUUUGGUUCAGUAGAAAUGAACAACAUUAAUCAGAAUGAACUGGAUUUUCAUGGUAUUAAGUUAAAACCAGACAUUCUUGGCAAAAUUAAAGCAGAUGUGUUUAAUAAACCAUCCGAGGCUGAAUUGAAAUGCCUUCGUCGAUUCAUAUCUGGAAGAAAUAUUCUGUUUCAAGGGAACUCGGGUAUGGGUCCAGCAUGUGUUGUAGUUUUAGCAACGUUACAGCGAUUGCCAAAACUGAAUGAUGAAAUUUAUGUGCUUGUCAUGACACACGAUGCCGAUUCUUCUGAUGAAAUAAGAAAAACGUUCGUUCAUUUCCCGAAACAUCAUGAGACAGACUUAAAUGUGCGUCUAUUUUCUGACACGAAUUCAACGGAUAUAGAACAGAACGAUAAAAUUCCGCAUAUUGCUGUGGGUACACCAAGGUGUAUUCUUGAACUUAUUCUGGGAGAAAAGUUUAAGUUAAAUGAAAAAUUUAUUGCCGUUUUGAUGAACGAAGUUUUACUAUCCAGUGAUCAUUUGAAAGCAGUGCGCGAUAUUUUUAGCAAAGUCAACCGCGAGAAUCAAGUUUUAAUUUUUGCAAAGAAUCUAUAUAAAUCUGAACAAGAAUCAUGCAUGAGAUUGGCUAAGAAUAAUCUAUUUGUGAUAAACGACACCAAGACUGAAAUUACCGUUCGUGGCCUACAACAAUACUAUGUUGAUGUGAAUGAACGUGAAAAGCCUGAUAAAUUAAUAGCAUUUUUGAAGGUUUUCAAAAACAUGAGGACAGCGAUUUUUGUAAAAUCAAACGAUUCCAUCGAUUUUUUGAAAUUUCUGUUGUCACCUCUCCCCCAUUAUGAUGCCAAGUGGAUCUCGAUCAUUACUGACUCAAGCAUACAAAGUAUGAACCAUAGUCUGGGCGCUAAGGUAAUAUUCAACUAUGAUCUGCCUCAAGAUAUCGAAUUAUACAUAGAUCGUGUGAACUACGCCGGUCGUCAUGGUGCAAAAUAUAUCACAUUCGUUUCUGAAAAGAAUGAUGCGGUAUUCAAUGCCAUAAAAGAACAGCCAUGGAAUGCUAAGCAAGUUACCCAACCGAAUGAAAUUUUGUUUCUGCUUGAUAGGUCUUUACUGAAUCUCCCCCAACUUGUUUAUAAAAAAAUAAAGGCAAUUACAAAGAUCUGAAGAAAAUGCAUACUUCAAACAUCUAGAUCACCAUGGUGUGUUUUAGUUGAAUUAUUUUCGAAAUUUUAUUUUCAACUUGAAAAAUGUGAAUAAACAUGAAUAAACAGUAAACAAAGUUAAAAA